CUUGGUCCUUGUUGCUGAAAAGCCAUUCCUGUUGCACCUUCUCUCGUCGCAAUGAUUUUCGCCUUGCUCCUCGCUCCACUCAUGUGCACCGCUCAAACAAUUCCGGCAGAUAUAUACCCCCUCAACAUGAAUUUCUCCGUGUUCAGACCAACAGCAAGCCUAGAUGUUGUGUACAGCAUGCUUUCAAGGUACACUACCAACAAAGCGACUCCAAUUGCCUUCAUAUUUGACGAGAAAAUCACUUCUAACCCCCGUACCUGGAUGGACCCCUGUUAUGAGCGGUUCUUCGAAACUCCUGAUGCAUAUUUUACUGUGUUUUGGAAGGACGUCACUACUAUCACAAUGUAUUGUGAAGUCUACGUCCUAUCAAGUGUGGUUGCCUCAAAAAUUCCACCAACGUUCCCUGCAAAUAUGCUAGUCCGUAUCGAAGAAUUCGUACCGAGAUGCCCAUAAAUUAUUACUGAAGUUGAUACUAUUCCUUUUUCUACCCCGCCAUUUAUUUUAGCACUCAAUAUUUCGAUUUUAAUUCUUUCGUGAAUGUUCACUUCAAUAGUAUUUUUCUAACCAUAAUACCAUUAGUGUACCCAUAAUAGUACCUAUAAUAGAGCCUAAUAGUAAUAGUACCCUGAAGUUUUUCUUCAAAUGUUAAUAAAAAAUGCAGUUAAUUUUUUU